CCGUUUUAAGGGAAGCACCAUGGCUUUGCUGAUGGCUGGACUGUGGCAGCUAGCUACUGUGGUGAUGAUCUUGUCUCACAUCUCAGCAUCACUUCCUUCUCUUGGGAGGUAAACAUCUUUUCUGUGACUCAGCCCUUCCUUUUUUUUCUUUCUUUCAAAUUGUAUGAUCUCAGCAAUUCAAAGAUUUCCCACUUUCAGCCCUCCCACCCAGUCACUUUGGUGACUCUUCCCCUCCCCGUCUUCAUCACACACAGAGUACUCUAGAGAAAAAGUGUGAUGCCGAUCACUUUUUGGAGAAAUGGACAGUUGCAAUGACAAGUACAAGCUUCCUUAGACACUUCUGAGAUUGGAUUGACAGCUAGUGCUUGUUUUUCUGCAAUCUGUUCUUUUAAAAAGAUGGAAGGAGCGUAGGAAAGAACACCGUGCAGUUCUGCUAGUUUAGCAGGCAUGCAGGGAAUAUGACCACUGUUAGGACUUUUGUUAUUAAGAUUCAAGUUUCAAAGUUUAAUUACAAUUAACUGUCUUUGAGAUGACAUUGCACAGCUAAUGUGUUAUAAAUAUAUCGCAUCAAAAACUAGUGUUUUCCAACAAGUCUCAGUUCCCCAAUUUCCCCCAGGAAAGCCUCCAGUAAUUAGUAUCUUUCUUAGAGAAUGCUCACUUGUCUCAUUCCAUGCUGCACCUAUAACAACAUCAACAUGCUCUCUGCCCCAGCCCCGACAUCCGCACUCUCAGUGGAGCAACAGGCUGGAUGGCCUACCCUUGGGCAAAUGAUAGAUGACUUACAGUGGAAUUUAAUCCAUUUUAUGUUAGCUUGACUCAUUAAUUCAGUUCAACUCUACAUUUCUAUGAUUCUCAACCCUAGGCACCAGAGGCAAAUCGAGCUCAAAUUGAUGCAUGAUGCAGGAAUGAGAAGAGAAUAUGAGAAAGCUGCCAAAUUACUACAAAACCUGAUGAACUACAAGCGCAGGUAAAUACAGAGAUAAUGCUUAAAAAUGUUAAGACUGAAAAGUCAUCAGAGAAAGAGAAUUUAUUCACCUCACCAUUUCAAAAGAUCGCAUACGUGAAGUCCCCAAACUAUAGGUCAGGAGCCUAUGAAGGGUUGCCAUAUACAGUAUGUGUAGGCUGGUUUUAAAUGCUGGGACUCUCUUGGAAGAUCAGAAGCAGGAAAUCAGUAGAAAAUUAGGAGUCUUAGGAGCACGGUGCAAAAGUGUAUAUAAGGUGCAUGGAAAUGGGAGGCAGAUUUGAGAACUUUCAGAGUUAUUACUUAAGCAACGAACAAACAUUAAAAACAGAUCUAAAACAAGAUGAGAAAACAAACUAAAACACAAGAAUAAUCAUAAAAGAGCCGGCUCAACCCCACCCCACUAAACAUAUGCUGAGAGUUAAGCUCCAAAGGAUUCGGAAAAUAAACAUGUUUUCACCUGGGGCUUAAAAACAGAUGGCACCAGUCAUGCCUCCUUGGGGAGAGCAUUCCACAAAUGGGGAGCUACCACUGAGAAGGUUUGUUCCCAAGGAUGGCGCAGCCAUUAGGUGGGGUGAAGCCACCGCCUCAGGCAGCAGAAGCCCCCUUGCCCUAUCACCUCUGAAGCAGUGCCAGCAGCUGCAGAGUGUUACUUCUCGUUUUGCCUCAAGCAGUGAAACAGGAUGCAAUGCCUUUGCCUGUUCCCAUGUUGCCAGCCUCUGAAAAUUCCUUGUAGGUGGGAACACAGGAUGAAUGCAGACUCCAGGUUGGUUCAUGUAAGGAAAGGCACACACAAGGUAGAGAUAACUGGGUGUUACAUUUUCCAUUUCUGCAGUGUUGGCUCAAACUGAUGUCUCAGUUAGAUGCCACAUGUGAACACCCAUAAGGAAAUUCUGAUGGGUCACUUUAUUGUUGCAAAGCACCAGCAGGAGGGAAGCAGGGAAGUGGCAGGAUGGGAAGGGUUUAGCUCGUCCCUGGACACCUUGCCCAUUUCCUUCUCCCUAUGUUUUGUUCUGCUAUAGGGUUUCAGAUGUACGUUUCACCAUUCACACAUGCACGUAGACUCCUGGGAGGAAGAGCAGAUUGGGGUGAAGUGGCAGCCAGGGAAGGAUAAAACACUAUCUGCUUUUCUGCUCCAUCUUCCCUUCCCUUGCAUUUUAGCAUGAACACUUUUCAUUCACAUAUUUAUUAUUAUUUUAAUUGAAUAGGCAUUCGGAAGGAUACUCAGCUGUAGGAGUAUAUACACAAGAAUGGCAAAAUAUAGUGGCCAGAACUGAUUGAGAUAUUUUCAUCCCAAUACACUUUAGGCUUUUGUGGACAUUAAUCAGUCUUCAGAGAGAGGAGAAAUUGCAAGGUUAAUAAAGCUACUUUGUAAGAAAGACGCUUUUUCCAAAGAUGUAUUUAAUUUAUGUGAAUUUACAUUCCUAAAAUAACAAUGCACGUUCCUUUUGAGUGGAUGGGAUGAGUGUCUUUAGAGAAGAGAGAAAACCCCAAAAGUGGCCUCUUAGCAGAAUGUGCCCUCUCAUCUCUGACCUUGCUUUCUUGUGCAUUAGUGUCUCAUCUGGAGUAAAGGAUGCCUCUGGCUUCACUGAUAAAAACACAGAUGACUUGUGGAGUUCAGAAGAGAAACUCAUUAAACUGAAGACUUGUUUGCAAUUUGUAGAGAACCUUGAUGCAAGGUGAGACUUGGAAGUAGUCAAUGGAACACCAUUUUUUACCGAGGGAUCCAGGUGCCCAAGUUUGCUAAAUUGUUCAAGGUCUUGAAAAAAAAUUUUUUUUAAAGAAAUUGUGAAGAGUUGCAAAAAGACCUCUCCAAACUGAGUGAAUGUGCGGUAAAGUGGCAAAUGCAAUUCAAGGUGAACAAGUGUAAAGUGAUGCAUAGAUGCUCUUAGGGUCUGAAGUGGCAGUGACUAACCAAGAAUGAGAACUUGGCAUCAUAAUGGAUAGCUUGGUGAAGAUGUCUAUGUAGUGUGUGACAGCUACAAGAAAGGUAAAUUCCAUGUUAGGGAUCUUUAGGAAAGAAACUGAAAAUUCAACUGCCAUUACACAAAUCUAUGGUGCAACUGAAUUUGGAAUACUGUGUACAGCUCUGGUCAUCUCACCUGGCUAUUACACUGUUUCCUUGGCCGAUUUUACUGUUACUCUAGGGCUACCUCUCUCCAACCCUCUCCCCACAGCAUUUGUGGGAAGCAGUGCCUUGCUGCAUGUGCUUCAAGUCAGGAACAGUAGGGGGCGAAGGAAGAAUAGAUGAUAAAGUGGAGGGAGGAAAUACUAAGAAGUAGACAAUGCAAUGGGGGAUGGGGAAGAUGACAAGUAAUUUUCUGGUUAUGAGCGUGAAGGAUGGGUAGAUUAGGUUAGUCAGUUAGAACUCAUUCACAAGACUUUCCAGAUUCAGUGAGCGGAUUGAGGAGGCAAUGUUCCAGGAAUGCUGGCCAGUGAACUACUGCAUGAUAUUUGACCUGCAUUUCUCUCAUGGCAGUUUUUCAGGCAAUGAUGCAGAGGAAGCCACUCAGAGAAUGAGCCGCUCGGUUUGCCAACUGAUUGCAGAAAUAAAUGAAGCAGUAUCUGGAGCAACAGUAGAUGAAAAUCAGGAAUGAAGUAUUUAGCUCUGUGAGGAUCUUCAAAAAAAUAAAUUGCAACUUCUGUUUUUCAUGUGUGGAUUAAAUGAUCGGGGAAAACAAACUGUGGAAAUAAGUUAGUAAGGAUUGCAUAAAUCAAAAGGAAUGGGACUUAGAAUGAAAGACUCAGGCAUUUAUACGCCUCAUGGUAGAGUCUAAAAUUAUUUAUCUUCAUCUUGUCUUCAUCUUCUCCAAAAUCAAAUAAAGAAACUAUAGCACA